AUGGCAGCAGCCCGGCAGUCCCCGAAGGCUCACGCAAGCCCGACGGCGAGGACGUGCUGGCAGCCCGUUGCAAGCAUAGCAGAGCUGCAUGCGGGCUUGCCUCAAGGCUCGUCCGCGUCCUCCUCUUGGUCCUCUUCCUCAACGUCGCCGCGUCUUCUUGCCUCCUCGUCGCUAUCCUUCUCUACUCCUCCUUCCCUCGGAGCCAGAGGGUCAGGAGGCUGGACGGAGGACGAGCAUCAGCGCUUCCUCGUCGCGCUCAGAGACUACUGCCCUGACGCUGAGACGAGGGCUGCUCAGGACGGGCGCGUGCGGGUAGGGCUGGGCAAGAACGCCGCCUACUUCAUCUCGAGGGCGAUCGGGACGAGGACGGCGUCGCAGGUGCGGUCGCAUGCACAGAAGUACUUCGAGGGCCAGGGAAGGAGGUGA